AUGGCUUCUGAGGUCGACCGACUUAUUUCUAAGAAGACAGGAGUCAAUCCAAACCUCUCGGCAAACCAUAUUCGGUGCUUCUGCCACAAGAUAGCUUUGAUCCUCAAUGCCGGACUGAAGGCUCUCCGACAGUCAACCGACGGAUUGGUCGAAUCAAGAGGCGACACCCUCGGCUUUGCCCCUGACUUAGAACCGAUCAUUGAAGAGUCAGAAGAACGCGAGGAACCAGAUCAGUUUGUAGCAGAAGACGUGGCUUUAGAAUUCCGUCCGCAGGGUCAAGCCAAAAGCAGAACUGGUUCUGAUGGGUGUAAUGGGGACGGUGAUCUGGAUUCCUCAGAUAUCCCUGAUAAUGGAGGAAGUAAUAUUGAUACAGUCUUGAAAAAGGUUGAUUUCAUUAUUCAAAGGAUAACAUCCUCUGCAGCCAAGCGUUCCGAGUACAAGACGUGGUGCACAAAACUCGACUUUAAUGGGCUCAGCCUCAUUGCUGGGUACGGUAUUCGCUGGAACAUUGUCUUCCAAAGUCGACAUCGAGGAUAUCAGGCUCGGAAAAUUAUUGAUAAACUAAUUGAAAAUGAAAAUGAUCGUCAAGAACAAGAGGGUGGGAAAAACUACUUUGACAGUGUGGAGUACAUCAAGGAAUUCCUCACUGAAAAAAUCGAAUCCUCCUCAGAACCAGAAUUCAAAAAAAUGCUCAAGCAGAUGCUAGCGAAAACAAACACCUAUCUCAUGAGGCCUUGCGUUGUGAUCCACCACAAUCACACUCAGAACCUCCUGGAGUCUCUUUUCAACACCAGGAAAGCCGAAAUUUCUGUCCCAACCGAAUCCGCCCCACCAGUAGCUGCCGACAAGUCUAAAUCCAUCAAACAAGCUCGAAAGCAAACCGACUACUUUCCUGACUCAGUCAAGGCUCCUGUUGCUGAUGAGCUUGCUAUCUACUUGGGGGUCCAAGGAUUUGAACCGGACGAAACUUUUGAGACUGCACAGGCUAUCAUCACCCAGGAAAAUGAAGAGGAGGCUUUUCAAAAGGGGAAGAAAAUCCCCCAUCACAUGAAGUAG